AUGGCCGACGCAGGCGCUGGGCCUUCGGCUCUACCGUCUGGCUGGACGGAGCACAUCAGCCCCGCUGGCCGAGCGUACUACCACCACACCACGUCGGGCGUGAGCACCUACACGCGCCCCACUUCUCCGCACCAGCCCAAGCGCAAGCGCGAAAAGCCGACGAGCAAAACGCGCAUUCCCGGCACCGACGGCUGGUUCAAGGUGACCACGAACCGCGACAAUGUCUUCUUCUGGCACGAGGCGAGCAAGGAGAGCGAGUGGAUCGCGCCCGACCACAUUGCGGAGCACGUGCAGCAGCUGGAGGAUAGCCUGAGGCAGCAAGCCGAGCAACAGCGCAGAGUGGCAAAGCAGCAGGAGCAGGACGAAAAGGAGAGGAUGAGGAGGGAGAGGAGGGAGAAGAAGAGAAAGGCCGAGCAGGGCGUGCCCAUCACCGAGUUUGCGGCAGAUGCAAAGCGUGCGCGCCCCGACGAACAGGAUGAUAGCGAGCACAGCGAGAUCGAUGAUUCGGACGAGGAUGAGGACGAGGCUCAAGAUGCGGAUCGUGUCCCUAACACGGGGUCUGUGACGGUGCAGGCUGACGAGCAGGAAGAGGAGCAGGAUGAAGAGGAAUGGCAGCGUCAGAUUGCCGAGCAGAUGGCGGCAGAGGCUGCAGCCUCAGCACACGAGUCGGAUGCCUCCUCCUCGCCCACUCCGCCUUCAGCGCCGGAAGCAACAUUGUCGACGGAAGAGCAAAAAACUUUGUUCCUGGUGCUGCUCACGUCGCUCAACGGCACACCGCACGAGAUCAACCCCAUGGCGCCGUGGGAUCUGGAGCUGCCGAAAUUCUCGCACCACGCCUCCUACCUUGCGCUGCCCACGCGCGAGCGCGAGGACGCCUUCAACGAGUGGUGCAAGCUGCGUCUGCGCGAAAAGCGUGCUGCCAAAUCCGCCCAGCCGUCGGUGGAGGCAGAUGGGGGCAGCCGUGCCGAGGCCGAGUUUCGUGCGCUGCUGAGGGCCGAAGUGCGUUCUACGCGGACCAAGUUUGCCGACUUUCGCGAGGCGUUUGUGCGCGAUCGAAGGUUUGCGGCGUUCGGACGGAGCGAUGGCGAGCGCGAGCGCGUCUUCAAGGCGUACCUCGUCGAGCUGGGCGAGGAGAAGCGGCGAGCGGCGUUGCAAGCCGAGACGGCAUUCACAACAUUGCUGGGGGAAAAGCUGCCCGGGAAUUUGCGCGGCAAGGUAGCUGAAGCCAAGACAGCGGGAGGGCAGGAGAAGGAGGCGGUGAUGGCGGUGUGGAUGCAGGCCAAGCGCACGCCCGGGUUGGUGGAGGAUAAGAGGUACGAUGCGGUGGGCAGCUCCACGCGCCGCUUCGAGCUGUUUGCCCAGUGGGCGAAAGGUGAACGUCGACCCCAAGCCCCGUCGCAAGCGAAGGAAGAGAGGGGAAAGGAGAGGAUGAAGGAUGGGAAGGAGGAGGCGAGGGUGAGGGCGAUGCGGGAACGAGAGGAAAAGGUUCGUCGCGAGCGUCAGAGGAUCGAACGCACCAACCGGGCAGCACUGGCCUCGACGGAGCGGUCGGAAUCGCGACGCCAAUUCAGCCAGCUUUUGGUGGAUGCUGUCCACUCGCCGCACGUCAGUUGGCGGUCGGCAGCUGCUCGGCUGGAAGCAGAUGCGCGAUUCGCUCCACUGCCCGAGGGAGAGAAAGAGGAGCUGUUCGAGCAACAUGUGCGGCGACUCUUGCACUCGGAGCGCGAAAAGCUGGCGGCGGUGUUUGAGCGGUAUGCGCGUGCGCUCGAUACGCACGCCGACGAUGUACUCGCCCAAACGCUGCACGACGACGCGCUGUCCCACCCGCCACUAAGCGUCUACCGCCACGACACCGACAAGCUCGAUGCGGCGUACCAAGAGUGGAACGCGGAAAGGCAGGCGAAGGCGAAAAGGGCGUUUGAAGAGAUGCUCUGCGAGAGUGCGUUUGUCGAAUUCUGGGGCCGCAUGAAAAAGACCACCGCCGAAACUCGGCGCGAAAAGAAGGAAGGGGAAAAGGAGGAGGAAGAGGAGGAGGAGGUGAUGCUGGCGGAUAUGGCGCGCACGGUGGAUUUGGACCAGAUUCAGGCGGUGCUGGGUAGAGAUGCGCGCUUUCGGGCGUUCAGACAUGUGCCUGAGCAGCGCGAGGCGUGGAUCCGACAACAUCUGCACGGCCUAGCCGCACCGAGCAAGAGCGUUCAUCGCUAG